AUCUACUUCACCGUCCGUGCUACUGGGGACACUUCGAACUGCAAGGUUCCAAGGUAUUCAAACGAAAGCAACGUUCAGAAGAAAAACAAAAGCAACGAGAAUGACGGAAGCAUCGCCCACAUCCACCGCCAUGCCGAUAUGGAUCACUGACUCUCGCAUUGAUCCGUCUUGGAUCGAAGAGAACAUGCCCGGCGACUUCCCCAGCGUUUCCGGCUGUACCGCCGAGGACAUCAGCAACGACGGCCGUAGAGGCAACAACCCCAGGAACGGCUCGACCCUUCUUUUGAGGGUGACAAGGCGGGACGAUGGAAUCGAAACAAACACAGCGACAAAAAUAAAGACCUUGGUGGCGAAACAGAUACCUCCUUCUGGAUUGGCGCUGAGCCAACGAUUGGGACUCGCACGCGAGGCCAUGUUUUACAACCAGCUAGCCCCGAGAAUAAAAUUUCCUGUUCGUUGCUGCACCCCGAAAAUCUAUUGCUCCUCCGGCAGCAUGGACGAUGGGUCAAAAAUCAUUGUGAUGGAAGAUCUUUCCGGAGGCUUUGUCGACUCGGGGAUCUUGUUCGGCCCGGGCAAUCCGAACAACUGGUCUCGGGACCUGUGGGCUGCCAUCGCCGGUGCGUAUCCGACGCUGUCCAGGGUUCCGACUCCCUUCGAGGUCGCCAACCAAUCAUUUGUGGCAAUGGCCAGUGUUCACGCGGCAUUCUGGAGGGACUCUGCGUUGCUCGGACACGAAUACAGCUGGCUGCGGGGAUCUUCGUGGACAAGCGGGAGUGAUGAAGCAUCGUGGCGGGCUUCUCAGGGAGUGGUGCAGGCCUCAUGGGCGCGUUACACCGCAAGCGAAAUCGAGAACGAUAAUGACGGUGGGAGCAACAACGACGAACAAAGAAUUCAAUGGGAUCCCCUCGUUCGGGAAAUCCUAGAAACUGCCAUGAAGGGAAUAUCAUGGGAGUCUCAGCGGCAGCGGCUGAACGCGGGCUCGAAUUUUUGCUUGGUCCACGGCGAUUUUUGGCCAGGGAACGUGAUGAUUUCGAAAGACCAGGGUCCAGCUACUAGUGUGAUAGAAAACGAUGGUAGGAAGGGUUGCAGGUUACGGCAGCUGCGGCUACUGGAUUGGGAAAUGGUUGGUGAGUGAAUUGUAAAGAUUUUGUAUCUUGAUUGCGCUUUGUGAAAUCACCUAUUGUUCCGUCAGAGUUGCUCAAUUUUGUUCCGACUCACUGUCGUUCUUGGCAUUGAAACAAAAAACAAACCAACACCAGGUCUCGGUAGCGGACCACAGGAACUCGGACAAUACAUUAUUAGCAACAUGGACCCAAGCGAACGACUGGUCUGCGAAGAAACACUGGUUCGAAACUACUACCAACAACUUGUGCACGAGCUGGGUAGCAACGGCUCUUCUUGUAACUAUAGCUGGGAAGAGUGCUGGUCAGAGUACAAGAUCGGUGGCCUGGAGCGGUGGCUUUGGUUCCUAGCUUACUUUUCUGGCCAGCCUUCCAUGGUAGAGUGGACUCGGUUCUUUCACGAUCAAGUGAAGGCGUUUGUGCACGAUCACAAGAUCGGUCCGGCAAACGUCACACAGCCGAGACCGUAACAAAAUUAAAUUCAGUGAAAGAAAGGUUCAAAUCAGCUAUGCCGUCAUCUGUUUUCGAUGCUCAAUUCAAAUAAAUCACCCCCUUACUUCUAGAAAUGGUCCAAGAAAACGUAUUAUUCUUGGAAACAACAUCAUCCUCUUCGUACACAUGGUCCAAGAAAUAUAUUAUUCUUGGAAACGCCGUCAUCCACUCCUUUUUCGCAAUGGGGACGACCGGCCAUGUUUAUUUCUACAGUUUUGCUGGUUUGUACUGUUCUGUACCGUUAAAGCAACUUUGAAUGAUUUUACUAAUUAAAUAACUUGAAUCAUGUCAUCUAUCGAAAUAUUUCAUUCUUCAAGGCUCUUCCCACAUGCCCUUGUAUUUAAGGAGCUCGGAUCCCUUUGGAAUGUCCUGGGUGGCGACCGCAAAGACGUCAAAGGAAAGGCGAUGACGUUCAUAGACAGGAGAAUACUUAGGCCUUCGUCCGUCUGGGUGUGAAGGAAUCCACCGGCCAAUAUUAGCGUCUUCCUUCUUCUCGACCUCUCGGAUCAGGUACGACGCACCAAUUUCAACAAGCGUGCGCUCCGUUCCUUUCGCCUUGGAUUCGUGUCCAAACUUUUCGACAAACGUCACAAAGUCCUCUAUGACAGAAACGCCUCCGUACUCGGUAGUUUCCUUGAGGUUCUCAAUGGCCUUCUGGGAAAGACUCAAGGAGCUCGCCAAGUGUUCGGGCAUGAUGUAGGCUCCCUUCGGAAUAUCAGUGUUAGCAAAGACGUGAGUGCUAGAUAUGGACAUAUCCUCACCUUCUCCUUCCCAAUCAGCAGUCACCUUGAAUGGGUUUUCCUCUUCACUUUCAAAGUUAAAUUCGAAAAUAGGUUUCUUGAAGUCCAAGUGUCGGUACGAACACUCAAAAGGAGUGGGUUCUCGACGGCAAUAUGUAGUCUCCCAUGCCUUGGGUGCGACUUGGUAUCCCAAGUGGGUGAUUCCAUCAAAAUAGGAGAGGGCGCGGACCUUGGAAUGAGUCUUGACGAUUCGAGAAUAAAUUUCGUAAUCAAUCUGGUCCGAAGUAGCGUAAAAGAGACGACGGCAUGACUCGGACUUGCAUACAAUCAUAAAUGCACGAGGCUCAGAAAAUCCGCAAUGCGGGUCUUCGUAAACAAACAUCGCCUCGACUGCGUUCAGGGCUUCCAAGUUUUUAAAGAGUUCUUCGCGGGGAGCAUUGAAUCCAAUGUCAGGACGAGGAUCCAAAAUCGUCGGAGCCCUUCCGAUUUGAAUGACCAUAAUACCUUCCGAUGUCAAUGAAUUCAAAAUAGCUUCGAGGUGGGCAGUAUCGUACAAAUCUUUGGAAAUUGCGGCAGAGGCUUCGGGUUCCAUGGCAUCCACAAUGACAACAUCAAACUUCUCUUCUUCAGCCUUGCGUUCCAUGAACCAUUCCUUAGCGUCCUCCGUAACCAAAUUCAAAAUCUCGUCGUCGAAACAGUUGUUAGAUCGCCCAAGGUAAUCAGAACAGUCCGACAUAAAAGGCAUGUAUGUCUUGGAAAUUUCAAUCAACUCGUCAUCAAUUUCAACCAUCGUAACGGAUUCGACCGUCUUAUGCUUCAACACCUCUCUCAAAGUAGCACCCUCUGCACCUCCGACGACCGCCACACGUUUGGGAUCGGGGUGUGAAAACAUACCGGCAUGAACCAGCGCCUCGUGGUAUUCCUUUUGAGAGCUAGAUUCGGACUGAAGGAUUCCAUCCAAAAAAAGCAUGCGAGUUGG